AUGGCACCAAGUCAGAUGUGGUCAACUCCUACUGUGCAUAUGUCUCAAAAUGUUGCUGACAGAAAAGACAGUUAUGUAAAGAGUUGGAGACCUCCUACGGGCCAGAUUUCAAGUCAGUGGCGACAGAAUCACCAGCUGUGGAACAUGUCCACUAUACAGGCGGACUUGCAGCAACGUCUAGCUUAUGAGUUUGAUAGGCCAAGUGGCAGUGAAAAAUUACCUCCAGGGCGCACUUUUAUUCAUGCCCAGGAAAAGAAAUCCGAUGACAUGCAUGACAGACCAACAACACCUGCUGGCAUGGGCCUGAUUAUAAGGGACAGAUAUGCCAAUGGGCUCGGACAGCAAACAAGCAUGGACCCGACACACUCCUCUACGCCCUACCAGAGAGAAGGACCAAAUCCAAAUAGCCUUCAUGAUCCUAGUCACCAUGUAGGAGAAAGCGACCCUUUGUCUUCAAGGAAAGGGAUAAUUUCAGAUGGUGGUUCUACUGUAUCUACUGGCUUUAAGCUUGAUCCACAUCAUCCAUCCAUUCUAAAGGAUGAUGCGGCGUCAACCCUGCCGACAAUGGGUGGCUACACUAUCACUAAUUAUCCACCGGUACCUGGACGAAGCGACCAUCUCAGAAUCAUACCUAAUAAUCCGCAACAACCACCCACCACGGUGCCCCUCUCAGUAGUGCAAAAACAGUUCUAUUCCCAUAGUGUCAUUGAGCCCAACUACCAAGCGCAAUUCCGUAAUGGAAAGCCCAGAAUGGAUCCAAAGGCGAGAUCAGAAUUACUUCCCCGCUACUGGCCUAGAAUAACAGAUAAAGAGCUACAGCACUUAUCGGGAGAGUAUCCAAAAAACUCUAAUUCGAAUUCUGUUAUCACUCCUUUGUUCGAGAAAAUGUUAAGUGCCAGUGAUGCUGGUCGAAUUGGUCGUUUGGUGUUGCCAAAGAAAUGCGCCGAGGCAUACUUCCCUCCAAUCUCUCAGCCAGAAGGGCUUCCCUUAAAAGUUCAGGAUGCCAGUGGUAAGGAAUGGGUGUUCCAGUUCCGUUUCUGGCCCAAUAAUAACAGCAGGAUGUAUGUAUUGGAGGGUGUCACACCUUGCAUUCAGUCGAUGCACUUACAAGCGGGCGAUACAGUAAGUUUCAGCCGAAUAGAUCCUGAAGGGAAGCUGGUCAUGGGAUUCAGAAAGACAAAGACUCAAGAACAGAUAUUCCGUCAGGAAGAACCAACAAAGCCUGCAAAUGCUGCACCAAAUCUUCCAGAUGUGAAUGUUAAUGUCACUGCUCCAGAUUCUAGUCCGAACUCUUCGUUAGUGCGACCAAAUAAAGUCAACACAGAGAACAAAGACUCUAGCCCUGUGGAACAAGCUGCCUCUAAAAUAGACAAAGGUGGAGUAGCACAGAAAGAAGGGUCGGGAACUGUUCGCACAUCCCCCGGACCUGUGAAGAGAAAAGCAACUUCUAUCGGUCCAAAGAUUAAACGGUUCCGGAUCGAUAACGAGGAAUCCAUGGAAUUGAAGAUAACAUGGGAGGAGGCUCAAGAAUUGCUUCGCCCUCCCCUGAAGGCCCCUUCGGUUGUUAUUGUUGAUGGCCAUGAGUUUGAGGAAUAUGAGGAGCCACCAGUACUUGGGAGGAAGACAUAUUUUGUGACUGACCAAUCAGGUGAGAAUCAUCAGUGGGCUCAGUGUGAGGAUUGUUCCAAAUGGCGGAAACUGCCAGUAGACGCCCUUUUACCCUCUAAGUGGACCUGCUCCGACAAUAAAUGGGAUCCUGAAAGGACGACUUGUGUCUCUCCACAAGAGGCAAGCAUGGAGGAACUUGCAGAACUGAUUCCUAUAAAAGCAGGUGCUGCAAAAAAGGCUAAACUUAGGAUGGAUACUGAUAGUAUUGAUGUUUCGGAUGGGCUGGACACUCUGGCAAACCUUGCUAUUCUUGGUGAGGGCGAAUCUCUUCCGUCCCAGCCAACUACCAAGCACCCCCGACAUCGCCCUGGCUGCUCGUGCAUUGUCUGCAUUCAGCCUCCUAGCGGGAAGGGACCAAAGCACAAGCAGACGUGCACCUGCAAUGUAUGUAUGACGGUGCGCCGUCGUUUUAGGACACUGAUGCUUCGGCGUGAGAAGCGUGCGUCUGAGAAAGAAUCGGAUGAGCUACCUCGCAAGAAAGAGCAAGGCCAGUCGAGCGAGUCGAUUCCACAAGAUCCCCUGCCGGCUAGCACCAGUCCUAGUAGCACUCCCCAGAAGGUGAGCGGAAAUGGUGAUGACGCGGAAGAAGCCAUGGAGCAUACCAUGGCAUCCUCUCCUAUGAAGAACCAGAUUGACCUGAACAUCCAGCCUGAACGGGAAGACGAGCAAUCACCAAAAUCAGAUGCGGUCGGUGCAAUGAGACUUCCCCGAGAGAACGCAGCCUAG